GGGCUGCAUGCAAGAUGCGUGUAUACAUCAUAGAGAGGCUCCAAUUAUAUAAUGCUGCAGGGUCCCGUUUGCCGAUCAUGGGUCCCGGUACCAAUCUUUCCCCUGGUCCAUGCAGGAAUUCAUGAUGCUGAGAUCGUAGAGCUUUAAGGGGCCAGACAGCCAAACAUCGGAAAUAACCAUAGGUCAUUGAUGGCUGGAAUUAAUAAUGGACUUAAUUGACGUAAUGCCGGCAUCUUUGUCCCAAUGCUGCGUUACCUCCUUUAGCUAAGGUGUUCAGCUCAUCUUUCGCCUCGCGUUUACCCCUCGGCGCGAGCACAGGUUUGGGUUGUCUUGAGAAUUUGCGAUUUCCUUUAUUAUACCCUUUGACCCCUUGGAUUUCGCCACCAGAGAUGUCUCGCUCAGGUAAACUUGAUUCUCAGCUGCUUAGAGCUUCUAGUGGAAGCGAACAUGGUUGAGCUUAGACGGAUCCUAUCCCUAGCUACGGCGAAGCCAUAUAGAACUUCUGACCUAGAAUACGGAGAGCGUCCGUAUCUCAAUGAGAAUAGACACGUCGAUUUUAGACCCGACGAUGUCGAGAAUCCGCAUUGUUGGUCAACCGGUAGACGUUGGUACGUUACAGUAUGCGCGGUUCUACUUGUCGUAAAUGCGACCUUCGCCUCGUCGGCGCCAUCUGGGUGUUUUGGUAGCAUCGCUGAAUGGUUUGGCGUCUCCGAAGAAGCGGCUGGACUUACCAUAACCCUUUUUCUUCUUGGCUAUUGCGCAGGACCCCUUAUUUUUGCUCCCCUAUCUGAGUUUUAUGGUCGAAGAUGGAUCUUCUACAGCACGUUCUUAUUAUAUAUCGUCUUCAACUUCCUCUGCGCUUUCGCGCCGAAUUUCGGGAGCCUGCUCGUAGGCAGGUUCCUCACAGGCACAUUCGUGAGCGCGCCGCUGAGCAAUAGCCCCGGCGUGCUCGCGGAUCUGUGGGGCCCGGUCGAACGCGGGAAUGCUAUGGCCGUUUUUUCGUGCAUGGUUUGGGUCGGUCCAGCCUUAGGACCAGUCAUCGGAGGCUUUCUCGAACUGAAGAAGGACUGGAGAUGGAGCUUCUACGUCCUGCUCUGGCUCGGAGGCAUCACGGCAAUUCCCAUGUUCACCAUUCCGGAAACCUUCGCUCCCGCGAUACUCGUACGCCGUGCUCGUCGUAUAAGGCGGGCAAGAAUCCCCGGCUACGAAAACGUCAAGGCCGAAGUAGAGGACGGUGACCGUACGCUCCUAGGGAUCUACAAAGUAGCUCUUACGAGACCGUGGAUUAUCCUAUUCGACAUGAUAUCCUUUCUAUGUGCGGUCUACGUGUCUGUCGUGUAUACGCUACUAUACAUGCUCUUCUCUAUUUACCCUAUCGUGUUUCAAGAGAGACGCGGAUGGAACCCCGGGGUUGGCGAGCUUCCUCUGAUCGGGUCUGUGAUCGGGUCCUUCAUCGGUGCCAUAAUUGUUUUAUUCGACUCAAGGCAGAAACAAAAGAAGAUAGAAAAGGGGAUCCCGAUGAAGCCCGAGGACCGUCUUACUCUAGCCAUAAUGGGCGGAGUCGGGUUUCCGAUUACCAUGUUUUGGUUCGCAUGGACCGCUGAAUAUAGUUGGAUCCACUGGAUAGUUCCGACAAUUGCUGGGGUAUUUCUAGCUGCCUCUCUCAUGCUCAUCUUCGUGGGGUAUCUCACAUAUCUAGUCGAUUCAUACUUGAUGUAUGCCGCGUCUGCGAUCGCGGUGAAUACUGUCUGCCGUUCGGCUUGCGGUGCCGCGGCGCCACUGUUUACCAACUACAUGUUUGAUGCCCUCGGGGUUGGCGGGGGUGGCUCGUUGAUAGGGGGCGUUGCGACGUUGCUUGCCGUGAUCCCGUUUGCUUUCUACAGGUAUGGCGAAGGUAUCCGUCGGCGUUCAAGAUUCGCACCGACCGAGCCAAAGAAACCUGAUGAUGAAGAGGCUCGGCCACCCGCGGAAAUGGAAAAGACACGCCGUGACGAUCUUCCACCAAUGCUAUCAGAUACGACCAGUACAAUAACAGAUGACGAUGUUAUUGGUCUACGAAGUGAAAAGCCAGGCGAGAGUCGCCAUGAUAACGCCCAAUAGCAUUCGGGCCAAUCGAGAAAUGAGGGAGAAAAUACCUAAUAUGAUCAGAUAGUCAGAGAGUUACAUAUUAUCAUUUAGACUUUAGGCGGAUAGAAUGGAAGAGACAAGCAAGUAUAGCACAUUUAACGUAUUGACAAUAUCAAUAUC